UUCUCUCUUUUUUCGAGCCCCCAACAUCGGCUUCCUGUCGAGGGUUGCGUCCUGCAAGAGCUGCUGCCGCUAUCUGUCGCAAGCGCCUCCACGAAACGAACAGCAGCAAUGGUGCUCCCGCUCAAGCCCACGACCAUGGCCCUCCGCAUCCUCGCCACACGCUCCCGUAGUGCCGCGGCGAUUCGCAGCCUCUCCUCCUCCAGCGCCGUCCGCGGUGGUGCCCACCACGAUGAUCACAGCGCCCCCGAGAAGCUGCAUCCCGAAGAGUAUCUGAAAGUCGCCCGAGAAUGGCCUCACGAAGAGCUGUACCCCGGUGGCUUCUGGCAAGACACGGUAACGAUACCCCAGGCCCCCAAGCACGGCACCAACUCGCACGGCGUCAUUGACGGCAGCGACACCGGCGCCGGUGGACGCGGCGAGAACUUUUCGUCUCCGUUCUGGACAAAGCUCCUGGGUACUCUGAUCCUGGGCGUGUUCAUCUACCGUGGCAACGAAUACCUGUCGGCGGGCAAGGAGGUGCAUCCUCUGGCCGAGUUCCUGAACUCGCUCGCCAUCAGCAACGACAAGAUUCAUGCCGAGAACGAAAAGUGGUUUGCGAUCCGCAAGCGCGAGGCCAACGACCAACUGAUCUGGAACCUCAUUGAGAAGCCGGUCAUCCACCGCGUUGCCUUCCCCGAUAUGUUCCAGCGUGCGUCCGACAACCUGGUGGGCUUUGGACAGGACACUCAUAAGGACGUCAAGGCCAAGCAAAAGUGGCAAGAGAACGACGAGCUCAUUGGCGCCCCCUAUCCCAAGGAUUCGUAAAUGGCCAAGGACCAGCCAAUCCACUCGUCCAGAGACGAUUGCUCCUCCCGGUCCACGAUGCAAGGCUCCUUUCGGUGAGCAGCCAGCGUUCACGUCUGUAGGCGAGCAAGUCCGAAGAAUAUAUGUCGUGCGCACUGCACGAUGGCAGCCGA